GAGGGCCACUCCGUGCAACUAAUAAGGACCGCGACCGAGGAGGCGAUCCCACUGUGACUUUUAUUUCCAAGUCCCGGAAUCCGGAGCCGCGCGCACUGAUCCUUAUCACGCACGGAUUAUGUCUUUUUCUUUUGCAUUUUGAACUGUUUUUCUCCACAAAUGAAACUUUAUCAGCAACUGUUUUGAGGUGAGUGGCGAUCCCGCACCAGAGCCAUGGUUUCUUACUUCUUAAGAUGGACUGCUUUCAUCUGGAUUGCAACAUGUGUUUCUUGCACUUUGGAAAUGGCAGUGACUGAACGAGGAGAUGGAUCAUGUCCCCCUCUGAGUGUGGAGGACUACAGGUUUUCGGAUGUCCUGGAUCGUCCUCUGCAGAUCACAGGAUUUGAUCUCACAGAAAAAUUUCUGGAUCGUAAGGGAACCGUCCUGGAGGACAUGCCAUCCUUUCGAUUAGGAAACGCUCCACUUAUUAAGCCAACAAAACAAAUAUUUCCAAAUGGACUUCCGAGUGAGUAUUCCCUUGUUUCUGUGAUGCGGGUGAGAAGAACUACAAAAAAAGACCGCUGGUACUUUUGGCAGAUAUUUGACCAAUCGGGAAGCAGUCAGGUGUCUGUUGUGGUUGACGGUGGUAAGAAGGUGGUGGAGCUGUCCUUCCAGGACCUGCAGAAGAACACUCUCCGCUACACGUUUAAGAGCCGGGACUUGCACGCUCUCUUUGAUCGCCAGUGGCACAAGCUGGGCAUUUCGCUGCAGAGCAGCAUUGUCUCUAUUUAUGUGGACUGCAAGCUGACGGAGAGGAGAUUGAUUGAUGAGAGGAUCAGCAUGGACCCCAGCGGGCGCGCGCUCAUCACUACUCGAAUUGAGGACGGGCGACCUGUUGAUAUUGAAAUGAAGCAGAUUCUGCUGUACUGUGACCCCUAUAUGGCCGAAAUGGAAAACUGCUGUGAGCUGACAGAACCUAAGUGUGGAAUGAAGAGGUCGUUUAAUGGGACUUCCCCUCCCCCGGUUACAGCCCAGAUUCCCCUGAUGCUGUCUCAGCCGGCUUCACAGUCGAUGGACAGAUGUCCCUGUCCAGAUGAAAAGGUAUAAUCAAUUUCCCCCAACUAAAGUCCAUAAUUGAGUACCUGUAAUGGCCAUUGAAGCUGAACUGUACCAGAGCUGAUUUGACAGCCUCAUCUUCAACUCGUUCCUUUUUCCUGAGAAACAAAAAAAAAUCAAAACAACCCAAAAUGGACAUUCUCAAAACUGUAGUUUACUUCUGCAAGAACUUCACAAAUAAACAAAAUAGAGACUAAGGUAAAUAUUUAUUUUUGGUAACAUGAUGGGCCCCCAUUCAUCAGAACUUAGUGGAAGCUACAAAGUCUUCUUUAUCCCUCUAGAAAAUGCAACAUUCCAUUGUAUGGAUGUCAUAUCUAUUAUGACUUUUAUUAUACUGCAUACAUAUAUCAUUGAA